AUGGCCCAAUGUCCGUGUCACCUGCCCGGCACACAUCACUGCGGCAAGGAGCUGCGAGAGAAGCGCCAGGAAUUCUUCCGGCGGGACAUCGAUGACAUUACGGACAGCGUAAUGCAGGUGAUGCGGAUUUGCGGCCUCAUGGCCUGGGAGGUGAGGCGCACCAGGGAAGUGAUAAAGCGUUCGUUCGAGCACUACGACGAGGUGCGCUACAAGAUUGACUUGGUGCCCCGCAAGCGAUUCUGCAAGGAGACCUUCAUCCAUGGGCUGGCCGUCGAGGCGCAGAUGUCGCGUAUGGACUCCCAAAUCGCCUACUCAAUCGUGAAGAGGGCCUUCAAGGCCUACUACCACGGGACCGCGAUGGAGGGCAAGCGGCUGAAGUCCUUGAUGGAGGGCAUGAAGCAUAGCCAGCAGUGCCUCUGGCUGCACGCGGCCAAGCGCACGGCCGAGAUCUACGCGGCCUAUGCGGGCCUGAUGCACUCCGAGAUGCUGCAGUUCGCGGAGCGCUUCGAGUGUGUCUACAAGAGUCUGUACGAUGUGCUGUGUACUCGUGUGAUCUGGGACGAUGAGAACCAUUGCCGCUGCGCCUGGACAUCCGCGGUCCCCUCCCAGAUCUCUACCAUCUCCACAAUGACCGCCGAGAUGGAGGUGCUUUUCCUGAAGCAGAACAUGGCUCCCAGCAGUGCACCCUCCGCAACGGCCGUGGUCCCCAGUCAGCUUUCCGUCCAAGUGAAAGAGAUCAUCGUGAAUGAAGGGCCUCCGACAGGGCCGGCCAGCGAGGUCAGCUCAAAGUCGUCCCGAUACAACUACGGACUGAAGAAAGUAGUCCAGAAGAAGUCCUCGAGUAAGCCACCAACUGUGCAGAGCUCCAAGGCAAGCCUCGGAAGGCGUAGGAAGAAGUGCACGUGUCCGAAGCUGCAGUGCGAUCGGAAGUUCGAGCGAGAGGCGCCAGAGAUCACGGCAGAGUGCAGCCAGGGGCCGUAUGUGUGCCGCUGGCUCCGCUACGACGAGGAGGAGGAGCAGUUCAAGGAGCACCUAGUUCCGUUCCCUCCCAUGGAGCCUGCUUACGAUGAGGGGGCUGGGGAGGAGGAGCACCACGGAGAGAGGCUGUCGGCCACCGGCAUUGAGGACCACGACACUGACUACUGUUGGCUUGCUCCGUUCCGCGACUGGCCCCGGGUGGACGUGGAGGCGGUGGAGGAACCGGAGGAGGAGGCAAGCAUGACCCCCAACUCCGAAGAGGAGGAGGCGCUCUUUCAGUGUCGCUGCACCUGCGAGAUCAAGCAGCGCGCCUUCCCUCAUCUCUUCACCUACUUGGCUCCCUUCAAGCCGAUCAAGCCCGUGGUUGAGGAGGUGACUUCCGUCAAGGAUCCAGAGAAGUGCGAAGAGGAAGAAGGCAUUGAGGACUUGUUGGCGAAGCCUCCGCCCUGCGGUGUCUCCCCGGCCACCUACCGCUGCUGGCUGCAGCCCACACCCCCUCCCAGCGAUCCCGAGUCCGUUACAGAGGAACAGCCACACAUCGCAGUGCUGGCCCAGGAUGCGAAGCCCAAAGUAGCUGGCAUUUCUAUGGAUGUCACCGUCAAGCGGCAGCACCACGAAAAAGGAAGCGAAGUGGCCAAACCAUCAGGGCCUGCGCCCGCAUCAAAGUCUCAGAGGUCUAGCACAAAAACACCCAAUUUAAGGAUUAGUAUGCCAGCCCAAGCUGCUGCUCCUAAGGCACCGGCAAAGCCAGCUCCUACGGCUGUUCCCGCUCCAGCUCCAGCUGCGAUCGCCACUCCUCCAGCGGCCAAGCCCCCGCCAACUCAGUCUCCGGCUCAGGUAAACCAAGAGGAGAAGCUCACAAAGGAGGAUAUUUUGAAUAUCAUUGGACUGUAG